CUCGAGAGGAGCACAGUGACACGGCCGUCAGGAGGGCCGGGGAGCGGAGCCGGGCCGGAGCUCGCACCUUGGCCCGGCGGGGCUUUCCUGGCCCGCACGUCGCGGUACUUUCCGGGCACGCGGAAAACAGAUGUGCCACUUCAAAUGCAGUAACAUGCACAAAGUGUCUUGCUUUGGGCCCUGAGUGUGGAUGGUGUGCUCAAGAGGAUUUCAUGGCUGGCACAACACAGAAGGGACGCUGUGACAUUGUUUUCAACUUAAUGAAAAGAGGCUGCCGAUCAGAUUUGGUUGAAAACCCCACAGUUCAUGUCACAAUACCCAGUGACCAUGAAACAAAUACACAAGUGACACCAGGAAAAGUUUCAGUCCAGCUGCAUCCAGGAAGUGAAGCAAACUUUAUGUUAAAAGUUCGUCCUCUGGAGAAAUACCCUGUGGAUCUUUAUUAUUUAGUUGAUGUCUCAGCCUCCAUGCACAACAAUAUAGAAAAGUUAAAUUCUGUUGGAUUUGCUUUAUCUAAAAAGAUGGCAAAUAUUUCUCUUGAUUUUCGACUUGGAUUUGGAUCCUAUGUGGAUAAAACUGUGUCACCUUAUAUUAGCAUUCAUCCAGGUAGAAUCCAUAACCAAUGCAGUGAUUACAAUUUAGAUUGUAUGCCUCCUCACGGUUAUAUUCAUGUGCUAUCCCUGACUGACAAUAUAGCAGAAUUCAGAAAUGCAGUGAAUAAACAAAAAAUUUCUGGGAAUAUUGAUACACCUGAAGGGGGUUUUGAUGCAAUGCUCCAAGCAGCUGUAUGCCAGAGCCAUAUUGGAUGGCGUAAAGAAGCAAAGCGACUGCUUCUUGUGAUGACAGAUCAAACUUCCCAUCUGGCCCUUGACAGUAAAUUAGCAGGAAUUGUAAUUCCUCAUGAUGGAAACUGUCAUUUGAAAGAUAAUGUGUAUGUCAAAGCUACGAGUAUGGAGCAUCCGUCUCUUGGGCAGCUCUCUGAAAAAUUGAUUGACAAUAACAUCAAUGUUAUUUUUGCAGUUCAAGGAAGCCAGUUUCAUUGGUAUAAAGAUCUGUUACCUCUGCUACCUGGUACUGUUGCAAGACAAAUAGAAUCACAAGCAGCAAAUCUCAAUGACUUGGUGGUAGAAGCCUAUCAGAAACUAAUCUCUGAAGUGAAACUUCAAGUGGAUAACCAAAUCCAAGGUCUUAAUUUCAAUAUCACUGCAAUCUGUCCUGAUGGAAGUGAAAAAACAGGCAUGGAAGGAUGUAAAAAUGUGGGAUAUAAUAAAGAAGUACUUUUCAAUGUAUCAGUCACAAUGCAAGGAUGUCAUACAACUGGAGGGAGAAAAUAUGCCAUACUUAAACCUAUUGGUUUCAAUGAAACCACUGUUGUUAAUGUGCAGCGAAGCUGUGCCUGCCAAUAUGGAGACAGUACAAACCACAAAAGAGUAUGGGCUGAUGAAACUUCUGAUAGCAAACAGUCCCAUUGCAGUGACAAUAACUGUAGCUCUAACAGAGAAGACACGCUUCCGUCAGAGAGGUGCAGGCAACACCAGGACCAACCUAUCUGCAGUGGUCAAGGAAAUUGCAUAGAUGGAAAAUGUUUCUGCUACAAAAACAAGCUAGGCAAGGUAUAUGGCAAGUACUGUGAAAUGGAUGACUUUUCCUGCCCAUAUCACCAGGGAAACUUAUGUUCUGGUAAUGGUGAAUGUGAAGGUGGUAAAUGCAAGUGCUUUGCUGGCUGGGAAGGUGAUCGUUGUGAGUGCUCAUCACAAUCAGCAAAGCACUGCCUGAAUUCAAAGGGCCAGAUUUGCAGUGGAAGAGGAAAAUGCGUAUGUGGAAAGUGUGAGUGCACAGAUCCAAGAAGCUUUGGCCGUUUGUGUGAAUACUGCCCUACUUGUAACAAAGCCUGUGAAGAAAACUGGAACUGUGUUCACUGCCAUCAUUCUAACAAUACAUCUCAAGCAAUACUUGACCAGUGCACAACCUCAUGCGCUUACCUACUGCACUAUGUUGACCAUACUUCAGAAUGUUUCUCUGGACGAAGCUACUUUAGAGUCUUUUCCAUAAUCUUUAUAGUUACCUUUCUGAUCGGGUUGCUUGUUGUCCUUAUCAUCAGGCAGAUCAUUCUGCAGGGGAGUAGCAAUAAAGUUAAGUCUUCAUCUGAUUACAGAGUAUCUGCAACAAAGAAGGAUAAGAUGUUUUUGCCUACAGUUUGCACAAGAACAGUAACAUACAGACGUGACAAACCAGAGGAAAUAAAUAUCGACAUCAGCAAGUUGCGAUUAAACGAAACUUUCAAGUGUGAAUUCUGAAGACUGUGUGUUUUCUGCAAAUUCUAUUUCCAUCAUGAUCGACUUUUAAAAAGUUACCUUUUGUACUCUGUGGGAAUCUUGACUGUUGCCAUAUGGUUUUGUUUUGUGCAUUUUGUUGAAUACUGUAACUAAGUGAUCUGUAAACGGACUCACGUUAUGUGAUUAUGUUUGAAACUAUAGCUGCUGUAUUUUUUUAGGUUUUUUUGAAAGAGAAAUGUGCGUUACUACUGUUCAGAAACAUUAGUGUUGAUGUAGCACUUUAGCAUAUUCUAAUUUAUUUAGUUAUGGCCUAGAAUGUAGGUAUGAACUGGUCUGACAAAGCACUGAUCUCACUCUACAUGUAGCUAGUACUGAUGUGCUCUGUGGGAAUGGACAAAAGCUGUGACUGAAAUAUUAAUAUUGCUGUAUAUUAUAGCAAUAGAUGAAACUAUUAAAAUGCUCUUAAAUAGAGUAAAUGGUACUUUUAUAGUUCUCUCAGUUGAUAAAUUCCACUGAUUUGUCUGCUUUAGUGUCUUAGCUUUUCCUCAUAAAAAUGACUGGAUUAAAUAAGUAUUUAGUUACUGGUGUGGGUCUAUAGUUGUGUGUGUAUACACACAGCAUGCACACACAGGUAAAUUAUAUAUAUAGUUUUUUAUAUGGAUGAUGUCACUUAAAGAUAAUUUAUAUCUGAUAAAGAGUAAUUUUUAGCUUUUUUACUUGUGUUUAAACAUAAAAAACCCUUUUGUACAAAAUUUAAGGUAUUUGAAAACUGAGUGGCUACAGAAAAUGAGAGUUUCUCUGUCCAACAGCAUAGUCUACAUGAUGAUCACUGUUGACUGACUUCACCUUUGGAGUCAGCAGCAUGAACCCUGUUGCAAGUAGAUGAAUUACACCAGAGCUGUGUUUGGUUUGCUAGCUACAUGUCAGUGUUUUGCCAAAUAAAGGCUUUGAUCUUUUUGUAUGAUGUCGGGAAUGUCUGAUUUUACACUUGCUCUUUUUCUUUAUGUAAAUUAGUUGAUGGGGUCGAGUUUUGUGACUGAUUUUUGUGACUGUGCCUUGAGAAAUGUGUCCAGUGUGAUGUGGAAAAGAACCUGCAAUUUAGAAGGUGAGGAAAAUAUAAGUUUUUUUCUCAAGGGAACACAUGAAUUGACUUCAUACAUAUGGGAUCAAAUUCUGCCUUCAGAAAUGGGCAAAGCUCUUCUAAAUAUAGUGGGACCAAUAUAAGCUUAUCUGAGAGAAGAAUAUGAGCUACAAGGUCACACAGAAGCAUUUUUUUUACCCAUGAAACUGACUGUAAUGGUAGAAGACCAUUGUGUUAUAUGCUAGUUGGAAGUGUCAGUCUGAUUACUAACCCUAUGCUGCCGAAACCCCACAGAAGUCUGAUCAACCUCUAAUGCUCUAAAAUCUUGCUGGCAAAAAAAAAAAUUCAUCUCAGAAGACAGCGUAUCAUUUUAGCAACAUUUAUUGCUAAUAUGAAAUAUUGGUCUGUAUUUGUCAUAGAGAAGAGUUACAGAAAAAAAACAGGACCUCCUUAGGUGCAGUUUUUUAGACAUUAGUAUAUAUUUCCUAUUCCGUAUUUCUUCUGUAAAUUCCCACUAAAAUCUGAGGAGUAUGCGUGUGAAAAGAAGGCAGGAUGCAGAACAAGUGAUAAGUGUUAUGUGAGUGUUCAGUUUCUUGAGUAAUUGAUCAAGUGGGAUUGAGAAAAACAAUAUAAAGACAUUGGCCUUUUCAUUAGUCAUAAAAGCUCUAGACCUUAGGGAUUGGGUGUUUUUUUGAAACCUGUAAACUGGACUAUUAAAUGUUUCUAAAGCAAUCUCCAAAGUAGGCCCUGAGCUUUCUACCAUAAAGGUAAAAGUUUAAAUAAAAGAGUAUUUCCUUACACUGACCCUGACUUUUAGUAAUAGCUUAAUUGUAGAAUUUUAGUUAUAGAUUAAUUCUGUAAUCUAUCAAGUAUACCUUAAACUUUCGUUUUCUUUUAAAACAUGUAGGACCAUUUUCCUUCUGUGUAAAUUAGCAGAUUCCAAAAAAUUGGUUUCAGUGGGAUAAAGAUAAAAGAUUGAUAAAGGUUUACCUGCUAUUACCCUUAUCACAGUUCAUGACUAUUUGUGAGUAGCAAACAGUCUCUGGUUGUCUCUUUCACUUAACAAAACAAAAAUAAUUCAAUGCUCAGUGAUAUUUUCCCACCAUAAUGCUUUAAAGCAUUUACUGAAGUGAUAACUAUUUUUUUUUUUUAGGAAUUACUUUUCACUGUUAGAGGGACUUAAAUUGUGUGGGUAGGGGACAACAGAGCUGAGUUCUCGAUGGAAGAAAAUUUGAGCUGUAACACCCAUCUUCCAGACACAUCACACUGCUACUGCUUUUCUUCUAUAGCACUUGGUUGGCAUUGUGGUGCUGCCUGUGAAGGGGCACGGUCAGUAUUUCCUUAUCAGACACCUGCCUGAAUGUUUAAAAUGCUCUGGUCAAAUAGAGCAGGCUCACGGGACCAAUUGCACUGUAAGCAGCUUGCUGUCUUGAGAUUAAAAAAUGUACAUUUUAAAAAAAAGAGUUUUUUAAGAAAAAAAAAAAAGAAGAAGAAUAAAAAGCUGUUUUGCAUCUCCCUCAUGGUUUUACUGUAUUGUGGAGGAGGCUGGUGAAAGAGAAUAAGCUGCUGCUAAUGUGACAGGUCAAGGCUUUUAGAAGGCCCGUGGGGAGCUUAUACAGAGCAGGAUUCUUGGGAGGAGGCUUUGUUUCUAGGGAUGGAAUCUAUCCAUGAGAAACUCUGGCUUUGCUUGGUACUUGUUUCCCUCUGCCUUUGACCAUGUUUUUCAGAAGAGCUGCUGCAGGAGAUGAAUAGCUCAACAAAAGCCUCACUAUUUAGGGAGUUGUGUUCCCUCAGCACAUGACCUUAAAUGAGAAAGCAGCCUGUAAUUCACAAGGAAUUUCUUCAGUGAUUGCAGAAGGACUCUGCUUCCUAUAGUGCUUAAUAUGGGAGAUAUUAAAGACAAAUUAGUUCACAUUAGUUUUCAAUGUAUUGUGUGUCAAAGAUGCUCAUAAAAAUAGGGGGGAAAUAUCUAACCUCAGAAUAGAACAUUCUAAACUACUCAAAUAAAAUUUCUUAGACUAGGCUCCUUCAAAAAAAUUAAAAGGAAGUCAAAUAAUUCUACUGCAUGCCUAUAUCCAAAUAUGUACCAGUAGAUACUGUUGUAUCUCAUCAUUUGUUUUGGGAAUUGUUUUUAGAUUUGCUCCCAGAGCAUGUGCAUGACUUUUUGCACCAUAAAUGUUAAUGUUAAAAUACAUAUGUAUAAUUUUCAAAUGCUAAUCUCCCUUUUUUUACCUUUGACUGGUUAUUUGCCUAACAUUUCAGAAAGUCCAUGUUUAUGCAAUUAAAAAGCAUGCAUUUUAUUUCAGAUGUUUUUAAGUACUGUAAAAUGAGGAAAGCUAUGAAAUGGUUAUUUCCAAGCAUCAUGAGUACACUAAUAAGAUUGCUGAAGAAAUGUGUGGGAAAAUAGCUGUUUCAUCCAGAAAACGUGCACGUGGUAUGCAAGGAAUUUUCAUUGUGCCCAGCUGAAAUUCCCUUACAUUUGCAAGGAAUGUUAAAAGUGAACCUUUAAAAGGAAGGAUGUUCGUAUGGGCAUAGUUUACAUUUUAUCCGUUAUUCUCAACUGGAUUUAUUUUUCCUCUCUAUGAUGUCAUGAAAACCUGCUAUGUAAAGCAUUCUUCAUACUGCCACGGAAAAAUAUUAUUUUCCCAGUGUGAUCAUAUAUAAUAUUUGUUUCCUGCUUAGUGUGCAUACCUAAAUGUACAUGUUUUGCAAACCAUGGGAGUGAAUGUAUGAAACAGCUUCAAGCAACCUUCAGUCCUAAAACUAAACCUAAGGUCUGGAAAUGCCCAGGGCAGAGAGAUGCAAGGGCAUGGCUGCCUGUACAGGGACUUGAAGAGGGACAGCAAUCUCAGUAGGUGCAAUGCUGGGGUUUCCUACAGCGUCCCUACAGAGAUGAUGCUCCAAGACCUCCCUUCUCCUUUUGUCAGGGCAGGAAAUCUCUUCAAAGUAGGUUGACUUGGCAGAGAUGUUGUCCUAGGUUUGCAUCCUAGGCACUUGUCCACACACUGGAACUGCAUAAUAUGCAGUCUGAACCAUAACACUGCAGACAUUUCACAUCUUUAUUCAUCCAAAAUGCUUACACGUCACAUAGCAAGGGAUCGCCUGUAAACUUGAAUGCUGCAGAUCUCCAUUAAAGCUUCUGGAGAGUCUUUGGGCACCUGCCCACUGUCUUUCCACCAGCCCUUGGAUCUCCACCAGUCAACCUUAAGGAGUGUAAGCUGUAGCUGUAAAGGGCACUUCUCAUAGGGGUAUUUGUGCUGAGUCAGUGCUGGGUGACACCUAACUCUGCUCUGACUGUGAGUGAUGAAUGGUGCCAGUGUUCCAGCUGUCCAUUUGCAAGGGAGGGGAAAGCAGAAAUGAAGCUGUAGUUAAGAAGAACACUACUUUUUAAUUAUAUCUUGAGGCUGCUCUGAUGCACAGACAUCUCUGGGCUCUCAUUGAGAGCCAUCUCAAUUCUCAGAGAGCCAUCUCUGAGAAUUGAAAUGCAUGGAGGGCGGGGAAAAAAGGUUAAAAUUAACCAGUAGGAAUGCAUGUCUAUAGUGAGACAAGUCAGUGGGGUUUCACUGGGAGCAAGCCAGCUCAGAAUGGUUGGCCUGUCUGCAGUAAAAAAACAUAAAGCUUCCCCCCCUCAAAAUUACUAGAUCCUUAGGCUUUAGAAGUGCAACUCUGGAUUGCAUGUUCUUUUUCUUUCCUUUUCUGUACACAUUUUUAAAGAAAAAGGUACCUACUUAUUAAAAAAGAAUUGUCUGGCAUUUCUUAAAUUAAUUACUUCUGCCUAAAUCUAACAUUUCAUUCUGAUACCUAUAUUGUGUUUGGGCUGUUUCAGUUGUAUUUUGAAGGAAGAUGUUGAAAGAGUCUUUUGGAGAGGCAUUAGUGUUGGAUGAAUUCACCUUCCUAACAUCUUCGCUCUUGCCUACUGCUGCUUCAAAAAUAAUGCUACUUUAAAGUGUCUUAUUUAGCAAUUGUGUCACAGCUAAUAAUAAUACUACAGUUUUUAACUUUCUAUUUAACAUAUGCUACCUUUUGUAAAAAAAAGUAUAUAAAGAUAAAUAAUGUUCCUCUAGAUUUUAUGCAUAGAGAAUAUUAGUAAGGGAAGAGGUUUUAAAUUUUAUAACUUCUUACUGUUCGUUUUACAUUUUAAAUGGUACUUUUAAAUCACUACUUUUGUUUGUCUGGAAAUAUACUGAAUAUUUUAUUAUUUAAAAUAGUAUACUUUUAUAGUUGUUUUAUUAAUUUCAGUUGACUACUAACUUCUAUUUUGGUAUUUAUUACUGAGUUGACACUGUAGUAUAUUGAGAUGUUUAUUUUUCUAUCAGAGCUGUAACAACUAUGACAUAGCAUUAUUUUAAUGCAACAUCAUUGUACUUGCUCUCUAAAAAAUAAAAUCAAUAUUUAAUCCA